AAAAUUCCUAGACUCGGCUACCGGAGAGCGGAACUGUGCCUGCGCGAGAUGGGAACGGAGGAGUCGGCGGGGGGCGCCGCGAGGCAGGCGAAGGAGUCGCUGGAGCUGGCGUUCCAGAUGUCCCAGAUCCUGGACACUGGCCUCGACCGCCACACCCUCUCGCUGCUCAUGGCGCUCUGCGACCGCGGCACCAACCCGGAGGCUCUCGCUGCCCUCGUCCGCGAGCUGUCCUCCACCGCUCCCCCGUCCGCCUCUGCCCCCACCGCGCCCGCCUCCAACGCCGUGGCGGCACCGACCGCCCCCUCGCUGUUCCCCUCCGGCUUUCGGCAGCUCUAGGCUAGGCAGGUACCGAAGACUGGACGCAACUGAAGUUCUUGAUUUGAAGUCGAACCAAAUCUGAUACUUGGCUUGCUGGAAGAGCCUGAUGAGCUUUGGUCGUGAUGUUGUUUCCACAAGAAAAAGUUGUGGUUCAUUGAGUUCCUAUAAAUUGGCAUCUUUCUUUGCUUGACUUGGACACUACUGUAGUAAUCAUGAUGGCCACUACCUCUUCGUUCAUAGUCUUCCUAUAUUCCCAUCGCUGUAUGCAUCAGCUGGACAUCUGGUGUUCUGUCGAUUAUCCUCUCUUUGACGAUAGUGUCGUACUUAUCUGAAAGGAACACGCCACGGCCUGGUGGCCAUGAAUCGAGGUCCCGUUUUCGGGAUAACAAUCAAAAAGCUAUGAAACGAUUAUGGGACGGAGGGAGUAGAUCUCAAUCAUGCUUUUUAGAAGUCACUGUAAUGAAUUAGUUUUUCUAGUAUUGUAUUGUUCUACAUUCAGAACCAUUCAGUCCCUGGAAGACUAAGCAACAAUUCAUUCAUAUGGACAUUUUGUUGUUCAUUUUCAGAAGAUAAUAUUUUCAGACAAAGCUGUUGCUUGCAUCAUAAAGCUUGACCUAAUCAGUGCUGUUUUCA